CCUGCCCCUCUUCCUGGUAGCUGUAGUUUGAUGGGCAGACUGCAAUGAGGACCUGAUGAAAAGCAAAACUACAGCUCGGGAAUCACAGGUGCAGGUGUGCAUGCAGAAUUCCUCCCAAGAUGGAAUGAAAAAGCUAGUGCCUCAGAUGGAGGAACAGAAGAGGAUGAAUGAGGAAAAGGUCUUGGAGGUUCUCCAGAAGGCGAUUACAGAGAGGACAGAGGCACUUAAGAGGGUCGAGAGCUUGCAGGAUGCGCUACAGGCAGCCAAGGCAGAAUCAGCCCGGUGGCAGAACAUGUAUCAGGAAUUGAGGGAGAACUGCAGCCAGCUGAGGAGCAGCGAGGAGAAAAGUUCUGAUGAGCUGCGUAAGGGCCAGCUAGAGACAGAUGGUUGGUGGGAUGCAAACCUGAGGGACGAGCUGUGGGAUGGAGAGGAUUUACAUGCUCAUAUUGCACUCCUAGAGGAAGACAUCCAGCCCAAGAGGGAGUGGCUGCAGGAACUGAGAGGUGCCAGUCAUGAGAUGUUGGACUCUGUAGCACAGGCAUGCUUAUCUGACAGGGGGUCAGAGACAGACAGUCUCUCCUGGGGAAAGACCUCACUUCAAUGUACCCAGCAGAAACUCAGCGAUAAGGAGAAAGAAUGUAUGGAGUUGCGGGCAGAGCUGGAGGCCAUGGAGCAUGAGUGCCACUCUUACCAGUCUCGUCUGACACAGUGCAGAGAGGAGCUGAGACUGCUGAAUGCCCGGAGGAGUGAGAAGCACUGUGGGUCCUGGCUGAGCCUGACUCUGAUCCUGUUACUGGGAGCUGCUGUAACCCUGAUGUGUGUCUACCAUCCUGCACUUACUCACUGCCUCCAGGACUGCUACAGGGUCCUGACACAGCAGGUGCAGCAGAACCUCCAGCACUGUCACACAGUCCUAAGGCAGCAGGUGCAGAAGUACCUUCAGGAAGUGGCCUCACCAGAACAUUCUGGGUGCUACCAACCAAUCUGAAGAGGGACACUGAGAGGGGGGGAGCAGUGAGCAGUGAUAUCAAGUCAUUUUCAGAACAUUACCUCAUGCUUCUAAUUGUGACAGAACCUGUGCAUUGGGUUGACUUACUGUACUGCUUCU